AUGCUUCUUGACAAAGUAUUACUUGGAUCCCUAUUGGGACUUGCAGCUACCUCAACAGCGCGCAUAAUCGCAACAGAUGAAGUCCCCUUCAUCGGUCCAUCCUUCCUCUCUAACUUCGAUCCCUCCAAUUCAACAGCUAUCAACCACGCAAAAUCGAAAUUCCCUGGCCUCAUCGAUAACCUCUUCUCAACUGGCGAUCUCAAUCGUACAGACUUGGCCUUCUACAUCGACGUAUUUUCAGCUGCGACCAAUAGAUCCAUCUACAGCUAUUCGCAUGUCGGAGAGAACUCAAAGCAGUCCAUGACAUCCGGAGAACUCAAUGACAAGACCAUCUCGCGCAUCGGAAGUGUGACGAAGCUCUUCACUGUCUACGCAAUCAUCGCCAAGGCCGGCAUGGAAGUAUUCAGCCACCCUGUGACCAAGUACCUCCCCGAACUGGCGGGUAAUUCGGCCAACGAUCCAUUGGAGGAAAUACGCUGGGAGGAUAUCACUGUCGGGGGGCUGGCAUCUCAGCAAGCUGGGUCUGGGGGUGUUGCUGACUUCCUCAAAGACUACGCGGACCCCGAGAAGCCAUUGCAAUAUGCACCCGAAGAUCUUUUGAAGUUCUUCCGUGAUGAGAGAAAGCCCGUGAUUUCUCCAUUCCGAAAUGCGGUUUAUUCUGAUGGCGGUUUUGCUAUCCUAGGACAGGUGCUUGCGCGCCUCUCAGGGAAGACUUACAGGAAAGCGGUCCAAGAGGUUCUCUUUGAUCCAUUGGGCCUGGAGACAAUGUCGACAAUUGUUCCAACGGGCUCGGAUCUUAAUGUUAUCGAUCGGCGCAGUAUCGACAAGAACACAUCAUGGGCCGGUGACGUGGAAAUUGUUGCGUCAACUGGCAGUUAUUACUCCAACGCCGCAGAUCUCCGCACCGCAGGUCUCGCCAUCUUGAACUCCGAGAUCCUCUCCCCAGCCACAACAUCACAAUGGAUGAAACCCAGCAGUGGAACCGGUAGUCUGGUUGAGCUCGUCGGCGCCCCUUGGGAAAUCUCUCGCCUCGAGAUCCCCGUGACCCCAGGCUCAAACCGUACCCGGAUCUCGGAUCUCUACACCAAAGCCGGUGGUAACAUCGACUAUACAUCCAUAUUUGCCCUAUCUCCAGACCACGGCAUCGGCUACUCCAUCCUAGUCGCCGGGUUCACCGCGACGCCCGCCCGCUGGCCUCUCCGCGACGUAGUUGGCGAGACAUUCAUCCCCGCCGCCGAACACGCAGCCGCAGAAAACGCCCAACGAAACCUGGCCGGCACGUUCGUCGACGAGACAUCGCCGGAUACAAACAUCACGCUAUCUGUUGAUCGGGGCCGUCCCGGGCUCGGCCUGAAAUCGUUCUGGAUUAAGGGUGAGAAUGCGCGCGAUAAUGCGAACUGGCGUCUCUAUCCGACUGGUCUCAACUCGUUCUCGAGGUCUUUGUCUUCUUUGUAUAAGACCAAGGGUACACUUCGUGUGGCGCACCGUAUGGUGGAGCCGCAGCCCCCGAUGAAACCUCGUGCGGCUGUCGAAGGAGGGAAGGGAGGAUUGUUUGAUAAUUCCUUUGUGUGGAUGAAUCUAGAUUUUGCCGGUCCCUCUGAUGAGUUUAUUUUCAAUUUGGUGGAUGGAAGACUUGUUAGUGUUGAGUAUCCUGUUACCGGUUCUGUUCUCAAGCGAGUUUGA